UUCUCCUUCUCAUGGAGACAAUUUAACACCCGCUGGUUUCCUAGCAACCACACUGCCGGUUUCCAAGCAAUACCUCUGGUUUCCUAGCAACGGACGCGUCCAAACCAUGGCGCGGUUUGUGCUCGCUGGGAAAGCCGACUGUCCUCACUUCGCCAAAGCCGAGAAUCUAGGGGAUCAACUCCAGGGAUCCCUACCCUACUUCCGGAUCCACAAGAUCCUCGUCGCGCCAGACGAGUGGGAGGAAUGGUUGGACGACACCUGUCGAUCACACGGAUGGCGACACAGCGAGUCCCCGCUGGUGUGGCGUGAACUUCUGGACCGCGGGGGCAAAGGGAUGUUGGUGGGGGGUCUGGCUGACUUCCUGGAGCACUGCCAUGAAUACUAUGGUGUGAUGUCAGACAUGUCGACAGACAUGAUGCUGAAGAUCGCCGUGGAGACCCGCGAGAUGGAGGAGAUUUGGAGGGAGGAAAAGAAGCUCCAAGCUAGCCUACGCCAACCGCUUAACGUCUGGAUCAGCGGUGCUCUGAACCCCACGUGCUCAAUACUGAUUCCCCAUCUGCUGUCAGAGCACAUCUUCCCCUGGGCAUCCACCUUAUUUGGCAUCAGCCUGCACCUCCUCCAUUGGGAGGGGGAGGAGGAGGCGUUGCAUUCCCUGCAUGUUGAGACAGAGUGGCUGGGCCUCCCUCUACUCCACCAGGUACUAGCAUGGUCAAGCUUAUUCUGUCUCUGUCUCUCUCAAAAAAAAAAACACCAUAAAGGGUACCACUGUCGUCUUUUUGUAAUAAAAUACUUUCGGACCAAAAAAGACAUGAGGGGUAACACUGUCCUUUUUUUUCCCGUCAUGAAAAUAAACAUAAGGGGUAACACUGUCGUAAUUUGUCGUUAUGACAGAAAACAUAAGGGGAUCUCCGCCCGCUACCGUCGCUACGGUCGGCUGAUCGGAGAGCGGGCCAGCCGCCGGCUAGGGGGGGGCGUGAGGGUGAUGGUGGCGGGCGACGCCCACCUCAACCUCAAGUGCGCGCUGCUCGCCGAGAGCGCCCCCUCCCUGGACCCCGGCCUCUUCGUCGCCGUGGCGACGCCCUUGGAGACCGCCGCGAGCGCGCGCAUUGCGCUGAAGCUGGGCAUGAGGACCACAGACGUCAGCGGGGUGAUCGUGUGGGGGAACCCCAGCGGGACCUUCGGCGUGGACCUGCAGAGGGCCCGGGUGUUCGACCACACAGGGGCCAUUCAGGGGCCCCACUCCUUCUCCCGGCCGGUGCUCGAGGUGCUCCACGACAGAACCUGGCUGAAGACGGACCUUCCCGAGUUGCUCAAGGGCCGCGGCGCGACGUCGGCGUCCGACCCGAGGGUGGCCAGGCCGGCGUCCGUGUCGGUCGCCCACGGGAUCCUCGCGGUGCUCGAGGUCUGGAACGGGGUCCCCCACCCCGAGGCGGAGGGGCGGGUCCUCUCUCUGGGGGUGUGCUGCCAAGGACACCCCUACGUCCCGGACGGCGUGGUCUGCUCCGUCCCGGUGACCCUCUCAGAGGGCCGGUGGUCCCCCGUCCUGGAGGGCGUCGACCUGGGGGACGAGCUCGAGGAGACGCUGAUGCUGGCUGUGGACGAGCUCCGACAGGAGAAAGAAGAAGGAUGCUCGGACUUGUAAAGACAAGCUUUCAGUGGAGGAGUUGGACACAUUCACCAGUUGUGUACUAUCGUGGGGGUGCUGGUGUACAACUGGGUUCCUUUGGUUUUACAAGAAAUGAUCUUAAUCUUAAUUAGUGAUUAGUUCUCGACCCAUUUCCCUUUCAGAUUGGAUAAUUAACCUUUUAAAAAAGUAACUCUGUAAACAGUAGAACUCUCUUCUAUAGUUAACAGGGAGCAAAUAACAAAACCCAAGAAAAUGUGAAUUCACAAAAUAUGUACCGGUAUUUAUUUAUUUUCUUCCACAUGUUAUUUAAAUGCAGGUGUGUGUGUGUGGUUCCCCCAAAAUAUAAAAUGGAGAAAAGAUCAAACUGAGUGCACUUUUUUGAAAAAGAAUGGAAAUUAGAAAAUAGAUUCCUUUAUUUGUUUUUUUGCCCCCAAUUGUACAGGUCAGUUAAGUGCCAUUUCGAAGAAGCGAUUGGUUAAAGCAUCAAACAAACACAUUUUUUUUUUUUUUUUUUUUUUACACAAGUCUGUAUACUAAACAUUAGUCUGUUAUUAAAGAGCAGUGGUUCCCAACCUUGGGGUCGGAGCCAACUUGGGGUCCCCUGAUAUGAACAUGGGGGUCGCAGGAGAUUGCCGACAAGAUAUAUAGUUGAUAGUCCAUUUUAGCAAACUAUUUUAUUUUUUUGUCGCAGACGUCCUGUAUAUACGAAAUGGAUUAAUUCAUAGCCACUAGCAAACUACUACAACUAAUCACUUUCUAGUGUGCAGUAGAGCAAUGAGAUUACAUCCACCGGGAGAUCAGCAGUCGAUGCUGAUUGGGCGAUACGGGUUUGUGUGGAAGCAGAAGCACAUAAGGUUAAAGUUGGGGUCUCGAACAUCUUCACAGCUAGAAAUGGGCCAAAAAAAGGUUGGGAACCACUGUUGUAGCAUCAUAUUAUCCCUUCAUGACUUUCGCACUUCUCUACUGCCCCCAGCUGUGAGCUUUUGUAAUGCACGCGCAUCGCUUUCUAAAAGCGGAUGCGAUAGCAACAUGUAUUUCCCUAUUUGUUUUCAAUGGAAACACUCAAUCAGGAGUCAAUAUGUAACCAGGGUUUUGCUAGACCAAAAGCGAAAUAUCGGAAAAUGACAUGUUGCGUCGCAGGAAUCGCGUGGACCUCAUUGGCUAGCCUGAAAACCUUGAGUGGUGUGCCGUUUGUACAUGCGACGAGAUCCCUUAGCUAUGCUACGCUAUUCACAAAGGGGAGUCGUAAACCACGAAAAAGGAAAGACGUUUUAGUACAAAUAUAGUGCACUAUAGACAAGAAGCCGGGCGUCGCCGAUAGAUAUUCACAGGCGUGGACUCCAUUUUAACCAACCCUCAAGACACCAAGGCAAAAUUCCGCCUCUUUGUCCGACUCCGAACAAUCCUUCUUUCUCAUUAAUCCCGAAUUUCGUUAACGCCCAACGGGCGGCCGCCUAACCGCCUAAUCGAACGCAAGAAACAAUAUCGGAAACCACAACCUCGGCUCCGAUAGAAAGAAACCCCACGGCCCGCCCCUAAAAAACAAACUAAACUCAAAACUGAUAAAUCUUUACACAGUCGUCUUAGUUAGUAUUUAAAAAGGUAAAGACAUGCGCGAUGCAUGCCGUGCACAGACUUUAGUAGUGGCACAAACCUUUCGUCUCUGUAAAUAUACACAUCCCAACGAUGGCUAUACAUGUAGAAAAAUAGCUGGUAAUGGUUACGUCAGUUUUAAAGUGAAACUAUAGCUAAAAACUAAAUGGGUUGCAAAUUGCGAAUAAAGUCUGUUAUUGUAACCUUGACCUUUUUUUUUUUUUUUUAAACGUUCUUCUUUGAAACAGAAAUCAAGGCCGAUGGUUAAAUUAAGGAGCUAGCCUUGUAUAUCGACAGCAAAGUCACGUCUGUGCAUGGGCGUGCGUAUAUGCAGCUCGAAAUGUAGAAAUGGGUUCCAUUUCUUUUCUCCAGGUCCUGGUAACAUUCCCCCCCCCCUCCCCCGAUUCCUUUUAGGUAAGCCUUGGAAUGGUCUGGGUAAUGAGGAGGAAUAGUUUAUGGUUCAAAGCUCACAUUGGGAAUAUGUUUCUAUACAUGAACGUCCAGAGUGCAAAAGAUCCAAAAUCUAUCAUACAAUCAUUGUUGCAGACCCAAAACAAGUUUUAACAAAACUUGAUUCUCGUCUCUCCCCACAUCACCUUAAAAUGAAAUCUCAUCAGCAGUCUUGUCCAAUUAAAUAACGUAUAUAUUAAUAGCUAUUAUAAUAGUGAUAAUCCAACAUUUCGAAACUCUUUUUCACAAUAAAAGCCCUCUUUCUAAAAUAGACAUCUGGUUACAGUGUGUUCCAAGACAAAAAUAAAAAAAAAACACGGUUGCUCAUUGUUCUUUGGGGGAACGAGAUAGGCCAAAAGAAAACAAUAAACAGACCUGCUCUCUCAGGCGUGUUGGUGAAAAGGGCGAACAAGGACGGGGGAGAGCUUGAGGUUGGUAGUAUACACACUAUGGCGACAGGGGUUUCCAGUCCAACACCUCACAGAUGACACGGUACGACACCUAAAACAUGGAGGGAGGGGGGGCCAGGAAACGUUUCCCUGGACGUGUCAUAUAUAUUGAUAUACACGCACACUUUGAUGCAUAAAAAAAAGCAGUUGUAACUCUGAACGUUAAACCUAUGACCGGGAUGGAGUCAGCGUUUGAUAGCCAAUAGUCGUAUUGAAGUAUAGGAUGGUAGAAAUGGCUAAUAGUUAAAUUCACAUUGUACUUCCGACGACUACGCCCGUUACUUCGAGU